CUCCCGCAGCCUCCGAGAGGAGGGGGUUUCAGCGCGUAGGCGGAGGUGGUUACUGGUGUUCCCAGAGCAAGGGGCUGUGGCCGAGCCUGCCUGGUGCUGCAAGAGAGAUCCUGUGAGGAUUUUUAUUGCGGUCUCUUUGUUAGCUACAGACAGGCACGCACACACAGCUCCCAGCCAGGUUGUGGGAGGGUCUUGUUGGCAACUCAGCGAGGGUUGCCAUAGCUUUUUAUGUAGGGUGACCAGAACCGGCUGGAACUGGUUUGAGGCAGAUCAGCUCCUGAACACAAUGCAGUCACUGAGCUACUACACUGGGAUAGCUUCCUCCCUUCAUGGCAGCCAAAAGCAGAGGAGCUUGCAGAAAGAUACCAUCCCAAAACAGUAUGUGAAUGCACACUUUAGACACACAGCACUGGCCUAUUGACUGGGGCUGCCUUUAACCCUUUGGUGUUUGCAGAGGUGAUGCGGCUGUGGCAGUAACUGAGCACUGGCUAAAAAAAUCCCUCAAAGGUCAAGGUUCACAAGAUUUGCUUACAAUCAAAUACAUGGCCAUGGGGGAUAUGAAGACCCCGGAUUUCGAUGACCUUCUUGCAGCCUUUGACAUACCAGACAUGGUGGAUCCCAAAGCAGCCAUUGAAUCUGGACAUGAUGACCAUGACAGUCACAUAAAACAAAACGCACAUGCAGAUGAAGACUCCCAUGUCCCGUCAUCAUCCGAUGUCGGGGUGAGCGUCAUUGUGAAAAAUGUGCGGACUAUCGAUUCUUCCGAAGGUCUGGAGAAGGAUGGCCACCAUUCCACAGGCAAUAGCUUGCACAAUGGCUUCCUAACAUCAGCAGCUCUUGAGAGUUACAGUAAAGACGAAGGGAAAUCACUUAAAGAUGAUGGGUCAGCUUCUGAGACUGCGCUGAAGGAUUCAGCUUUCAACCAGUUCAGCCCAAUAUCAAGUGCAGAAGAAUUUGAUGAUGAUGAGAGAAUUGAGGUGGAUGACCCCCCGGAUAAAGAGGAGAUGCGUGCAAAUUUCAGAGCAAAUGUCUUGGCAGGAUCUCUAUCUCAGCAGGAAUAUGACAAACUAAAGGCACUUGGAGGAGAGAACUUAAUUAAAUCUGGAAUCACUCUUUCAAGUAGUAUAGAUAAAAAUAAAACUGCUAAACGAGAGACAGAGACAAACUCCAUGAAUUUAGGUGUCUAUGAGCCUUUUAAAACCAGAAAAACAGAGGACAAGUUACUAAAAGACAAUUCUGAGAAGCUUCUUGAAAACAGGGUACUUGAUGGAAAACUGAGUACUGAAAAAUGUGACACAAAUCUUGCCAGCAUUUCCCAGUCCAAAGCAAAGUCAUCAGCAAAGCUUUCAUCCUGCAUUGCUGCAAUUGCAGCACUGAGUGCUAAAAAGGCAGCUACAGAUACCAGUAAAGAUUUACAGUCUAAUUCAGGGGAGUCUUCUCCAUUACCAAAAGACAUGAGUGAAAGUCCCCGGGCUGUUGAAAAAUCUCCUGAGCCUCAGAGUCUCAUUGAUGGUGCUAAGAAGGCGCCUGUCAAACCGCCCGAUAGUCCCAGAAGCGUCUCGAGUGAGAACAGCAGCAAAGGGUCGCCGUCUUCUCCCGCAGGGUCAACACCAGCAAUUCCUAAGGUUCGCAUAAAAACCAUCAAGACUUCUUCUGGGGAGAUCAAGAGAACUGUUACUAGAGUGUUGCCAGAAGUAGAUUUGGACUCUGGUAAAAAGGCAGAGCAGAGUGCUUCCAUGGUAACAUCCAUGACAUCUCUCCUGUCCUCACCAGCUUCCACUGCUGUUCUCUCCUCUCCUCCCAGGGCUCCUCUGCAGUCCUCAGUUGUCACCAAUGCAGUUGGAUCUGCAGAGCUUGCCCCCAAACAGGUCACUAUCAAACCCGUGGCUACUGCCUUCCUGCCCGUUUCAGCAGUGAAAACAGCAGGUUCCCAGGUGAUCAAUCUGAAGCUGGCUAACAACACCACAGUGAAAGCCACUGUCAUCUCUGCCGCGUCCGUGCAGAGCGCCAGCAGCGCCAUUAUCAAAGCUGCCAACGCCAUCCAGCAGCAGACGGUCGUGGUGCCAGCGUCGAGCCUUGCCAGUGCCAAACUUGUGCCAAAGACAGUCCAUCUUGCCAACCUUAACCUUUUGCCUCAGGGUGCUCAAACCACCUCUGAACUGCGCCAAGUGCUAACAAAACCCCAGCAGCAAAUCAAGCAGGCAAUAAUUUCUGCAGCUGCCUCCCAGCCUUCGAAAAAAGUGUCUCGAGUGCAGGUGGUGUCAUCUCUGCAGAGCUCUGUAGUGGAAGCAUUCAAUAAGGUGCUGAGCAGUGUCAAUCCUGUGCCAGUUUACAUCCCAAACCUUAGCCCCCCUGCCAAUGCCGGAAUCACGCUACCCACGCGAGGUUACAAGUGCUUGGAGUGUGGCGACUCCUUUGCUCUCGAGAAGAGCCUGACCCAGCAUUAUGACAGGAGGAGCGUGCGAAUUGAAGUGACUUGUAAUCAUUGUACAAAGAAUUUAGUUUUCUACAAUAAAUGCAGUCUCCUGUCCCACGCUCGUGGGCACAAGGAGAAGGGCGUGGUGAUGCAGUGCUCCCACCUGAUCCUAAAGCCGGUCCCAGCAGAUCAGAUGAUAGCAUCUCCUUCCAGCAGCGCUGCAGCGGCCGUGCUGCAGAGCCCAGGGGGAGCUGGCCCGCACUCGGUGACCAAGAUCCAGCCUGGCUUGACUGGGACAGUGAUCUCGGCCCCGGCCAGCUCGCCUGUCGUUCCAGCCAUGCCGCUCGACGAAGAUCCAUCCAAACUCUGUAGGCAUAGCCUAAAGUGCUUGGAGUGCAAUGAAGUUUUCCAAGAUGAGACAUCUCUUGCAACUCAUUUCCAGCAGGCCGCAGACACAAGUGGACAAAAGACAUGCAAUAUCUGCCAGAUGCUGCUUCCUAACCAGUGCAGUUUUGCAUCACACCAGAGAAUUCAUCAGCAUAAAUCUCCAUACACGUGUCCUGAAUGUGGAGCAAUCUGCAGAUCUGUCCACUUCCAGACCCAUGUCACUAAGAACUGCCUGCAUUACACCCGAAGAGUUGGGUUUCGCUGCGUGCACUGCAACGUUGUGUACUCGGACGUGGCGGCACUCAAGUCUCAUAUCCAAGGGUGUCACUGUGAAGUCUUUUACAAGUGUCCUAUCUGUCCCAUGGCGUUCAAAUCUGCUCCCAGCACACACUCCCAUGCCUACACACAGCACCCGGGUAUCAAGAUAGGCGAACCAAAAAUAAUAUAUAAAUGCUCUAUGUGUGACACUGUGUUUACUCUGCAACCUUUGCUCUAUCGCCACUUUGAUCAGCACAUUGAAAAUCAGAAGGUGUCUGUUUUCAAGUGUCCAGACUGUUCUCUUCUAUAUGCACAGAAACAGCUUAUGAUGGAUCAUAUCAAGUCUAUGCAUGGAACUUUGAAAAGUGUUGAGGGGCCACCAAACCUGGGGAUAAAUCUGCCUCUCAGUACUAAACCCACAACUCAAAACUCAGCCAGUCAUAACAAGGAGGACCUAAAAUCUGUGAACGGAACAGAAAAGUUGGAGAAGAAAUCACCUUCUCCCAUAAAGAAAGCAGAACCUAAAAAAGUCGCUAGUCCUGGCUGGACAUGUUGGGAGUGUGACAGACUCUUCACUCAGAGAGACGUUUACAUCUCCCACAUGAGGAAAGAACAUGGAAAGCAAAUGAAGAAACAUCCUUGUCGGCAAUGUGACAAAUCUUUCAGUUCAUCCCAUAGUUUAUGUCGGCACAAUCGUAUCAAGCACAAAGGCAUUAGGAAGGUUUACACGUGCUCGCACUGCCCAGAUUCAAGACGUACUUUUACCAAGAGGUUGAUGUUGGAAAAACAUAUUCAGUUGAUGCACGGGAUUAAAGACCCUGAUGUGAAAGAAAUGACUGAAUCUGCCAAUAUGGAAGAAAGGGAAGUAAAAGAAGACACAAAGGUUCCUAGUCCAAAGCGUAAAUUGGAAGAACCCAUAAUGGAGAUUAGACCUCCACGAGGUGCAAUCACUCAGCCAUUAAAGAAGCUGAAGAUAAACGUUUUCAAAGUUCACAAGUGUGCAGUUUGCGGCUUUACAACGGAAAAUCUUCUCCAGUUUCAUGAACAUAUUCCUCAGCAUAAAUCUGAUGGCUCUUCAUACCAAUGCAGGGAAUGUGGACUCUGCUACACAUCUCACGUGUCCCUUUCCAGACACCUCUUCAUUGUACAUAAGCUGAAGGAGCCUCAGCCAGUGUCCAAACAGAAUGGAUCUGGGGAGGACAGUCAGCAGGAAAACAAGCCCAGUCACGAGGAUGACUUGUCCGACAGCGUGGCAUCGGACAGGAGGUGCAAAGUGUGCGCAAAGACUUUCGAAACUGAAGCGGCCUUAAACACUCACAUGAGAACACAUGGCAUGGCCUUCAUCAAGUCCAAAAGAAUGAGUUCAGCUGACAAGUGAUCAGAUUGUUUGGGAUGCAGAAAUCUCACUCCACAUUGGAAUACUAAUGACAUUUUUGCUACAGAAAGUUCAAGGUAUAAUAGUGUUAACAGUACUGUUCAGGCUGUUGCAAUAUAUUCUGCAUAAAAGUAUCCCCUUCACCUCACUGUCUAUACCCUCAGAAUCAUUGAAGCAGUAUUUGAGUUGAAAAGAGUUUGUAUAUAUUUAAACUAAUAAUUUUUAUACUCUUUUGUUAUGUGUUUGUAUCAGUAUCUAGUGGAAAAAUUGGUUUUUUUUCUGUUUUGGUUCUGUUCUUUUGUACUAAGUUUCUUUAAAACAGAGUUCUGAAUGCUGGGGCAGUUCCUUAGGUUCUCUUAAGGUGUUUGGUUUUUGAAUGCUUCUGAAAGAAAGUUCAGCUAAUGGAAGUGCAUCAGGAGGAGGUGCUAGGAGGGGAGAGGAGAGAGGAAGUAAGCUAAGGGGAGAUUUUAAAUUCUAAAGA